AUGACCGAGCCUCAGGUUUCCAACACUUUUAGCGCCCAUCGCUUUCUCUCUGGUCAAGCAAUUGAGAAGCCUGUCUCUGCAAAUGGAACGGCAAGUUUUCUGUGGUCCAAGGUGAGGGGCCGCGUGGAGUUAGACAGCAAGACGGAACAGAAGACAAGUGCCUACAAUAUUCGGGAGUUUGGUGACGAGGGAGAAGUGUACAUGGUUCAUGACGACUGCAUUGAAGUCUGGGAUUGGGUGAUUCCGGGAAAAAUGCAGUCAGAUCGCCGUCUAUGGAUGGUAGCCAAAGUGACCGACCUUGUGCCAAGGGGCUUUGUGCUCAAGGUGUUCCCUAUAUGUUCACGGAGACAUCUGGGUGGAUAUUUUGCGUUGGUACUUGUGCGGAAUGCGUAUAAGGAGCUCCAGUUUCUAGUUGUCGACUUCAGCGCAGGGAACGUGACUGGUCUCACGUAUGCUUUUACGGGUCAUGAUGUCAACUUCGUUGUUAAAGGUUUGAAAUCUACACAUCAUUUUGCAAUAGGCUCUUCGAAUGGCACCGUCGUGGUCUAUAAUGUGCGUUCCAGGAAACGGCGUGCCACCUAUAGCUGCAUAGUGGUCAAUAACGAGCCCGUGUUUGAUCUGUGUGGAGAUUGGCUGAUCUAUAACGCGCCCUCGCAGUCUAAAUCCUUGAACAAAUGGCGAGCAGAGCACGAUCUUACACCGCUUAAGCUGUCCAGACACGUUUCGCUGCUAAAUAAGCUCUGGAAAGGCUUGUCGAAAACAGCCUUGGACUCGGUGCUGAUGUUUUCUGAAAUUUCGCACUCAAAAUUCAGGAAAUUCUUCAGUCGAGAGGGCCUUGCACAGAGCGGCGAGCAAGCUUCGGGACUGUCUACUGACGACGACGAGCUACUUCGAAGCCACAACUUUCGCGAAAUGCUCGCCGCCAUUCUCAACACUCUCAACGUGAACUCAAAUUAUCUACUGAUGGUUGACCUUGCGCGCAAUCAAACGAUGUUUUGUUUUUCUCCGCCAGAUGGCUGUUCAGCAGUCUCUCUCUCGCCCUUUGACCUGAGUGUUGCCACCGUGACAAAUAGGGGUGACGAUGUCUAUUUGUGGGAUUAUUCUAAGUUCGACAAAGACAUCACGCUGCUUGAUAAAUACAAGCGUGGCAAGACUUCUGCCGUGAUAUCUGAUAUCUUGUGGACCAGCAACAACCAGUCGCUGGUACUUCUGAGCAAGCCUAACGGCUCAGUACACUUGUUUGUUAAUGAGAGCUUGACCGGCAUGCUCCAAAGCCGUCCGUCUAGCCGGCAAUUGUCCGACAAUCAGAACGCCGAACAGACACCUUUCGACUGGUGCAUCUCCAACGCAAAUAUCAAGAAAAUUUCGAUUCCCACGCUGCCGAUGCCGUUGGACUAUCAGCGAUACCAUACCGAGAUCAGUGCUCUCACAGAUGCGGGCAAUGUAGUGCGAAUAGACCAGGAGACAGGGAGGAUGGUUUGGAAGUACACACCGCCCGCGGCCCCAUCCACUACCAGCAUGACAGGAAUGAAGGAGGUGGCGCCUGUUCCGCUGGAGCUGCAGCCCGUUGAUCCUAUCGCCGAAGCGGAGGUGGAGACGUGCAAGCCGUUCCCGUUUGUCUACAACAAUAGACGCAUACAAUAUGCCAAAUUCAAGAACGCCAGCGAAAGCCUGCGGCUCGAUGGUUUUGGCAGUGUGGUGGCAGACUUCGAGGACGUCAAGUUUGGACGCUUUAACGGUAGCGUAAAGUUCCACAGCACGAGAAGCGAGGAAGAGCUAGCUAUGGCUGCGAGCGACAACUGUGGCUCUGGCGUGGCAGAGAAUGCUGACCAGCCAGCUCAGACCACGGAAGCACCGCUACAGUGA